GUCACGAGCAAGCCAUGCAGCAAGGAGGGCCAAGUCAGCUUCCUUCUGCCUAGCAUUGCCAGACCAUUUUCUUUUCCAGUGGCGAGUGCACUUGAGCUACUUUUGCCCCGUUCGAGGUAUUGAGAGGUCUUUCAGACGACCCUAAGACACAACAAUCCAAAGAAGAAACCAAAAAAAGAGAGCACCGAACUUUAUCUAACGAAACUCAAGACUUGACCCCAACACUAAGAACUCCCCCCACCCGUUCCGUGAACUCCCCCCAAUCUCGACACUUGACCUCACCAAAGUCGUCACCAAAACCUUCGGUCGUCUUUUCGUUCGGCGUCACAGUGGCCCUCGUCGUCGUCCGCCGUCCUCCACCAUGUCGUCGCUGUCCAACCUGGACACGAGCGCUUCGGUGUACCAGCCAGCCCAGCUGCUGAACCUCUUCUACCUGACGCUGGCCGAGCAGCAAGGUGUUGGAGGGUCCGGCAACAUAAACAACCACACGCCUAGUGGAUUCCCCAACGACCUGUCCUUGUGGACUCCUGGCGGUCAGCUGACGAGCUCGGGCACCCUCAACAAUGUCAACAGUCUCCUCAAGAACCAGAACCUGCUUGCCGAGACCUGGGCCACUUCCCCCACCCUGGGAAACCUCUCAUCCAACCCCUUUCAAAGCUCUCAGCCCCUGAACACCACUUCGCCGCUGGGCAGCCUGCAGGACCUGGCGGAGCACUUCAGUGACCUGACUCUGUCCAUGGAACGCAAGCCAGGCAAGCGGCCACCCAGUUCCUACCUCUGCCACCUCUGCUUCAACAAGGGCCACUACAUCAAGGACUGUCCACAGGCUCGCCCCAAGGGAGAGGGGCUGACGCCGUACCAGGGCAAGAAGCGAUGUUUUGGCGAGUAUAAGUGUCCCAAGUGCAAACGCAAGUGGAUGAGUGGCAACAGCUGGGCCAACAUGGGGCAAGAGUGCAUCAAGUGCCACAUCAUGGUGUACCCGCACAAACAGCGUCCACUGGAAAAGCCAGAUGGUCUGGAUGUCUCUGACCAAAGUAAAGUCCACCCACAGCACCUGUGUGAGAAGUGCAAGAUGCUGGGCUACUACUGCCGCCGGAUGAACUGAGCAUUCCGCAUGAUGCCUCCAUCGACACAAUCGCCUCUUAACCAAGACAACAAAGUCUUUUGUUGUUUUUUUUUUUUAAACAAAAUAAUUUCGACUUCCUGAUAAUUCUAGCAGCAUAAUUACAGGGGCAAAGGGCAAUUUACAGUAUUAUAACCAACCACACCUAUUUAAGGGUUCCCGGAGUCCCCUUAUUGUCAUUAAAUGUAGUGGAAGUAUCUGGCGACAAUGUCAAAGACAAUGGAAUCACCAUCUCAAGAUAUCUCUCUGUUAAAGGGCGUUUGUGUCUGGAGGUUUCAUGUUUGGUUUGCUCAUUUUCCUGUAUAGUCGCCAAUCUUUCGAUUGAUGUACUCCACGUGUGUGCCUACAGUUUCUGGUGCUACUCUUUGUCGCUUUGAGUCGAUCUUUAUGCUCUAUGAUGUUCUUUUCCAUUGCGAUAGAAAAGCUUCCCAGAGUGAAAGAAUGUCUACUCGUUGUAUUUUUUCUCUGAAAUUAAGUUCUCUCGCUUUUUUUAUUGCUAAGCGCGAAUGGACCUUUGAUGUGCUAACAGUCUGUGUGACGACCGCACUUGCUUGCAGAAUUUUGUUUCAUUUUUAUUUUAUUUUAUCCCACUAUGAAGACUUCCACACAAAUGUGCACAAAUCAACACUAAUAUGUGCACAAUGCAACGGUUUUCACGGUGCACUACGGGACAUAUUCUCAACUGUGCACAACUAACACUACAACGCACAUCAUGACUGAGGUAAUGAUGAUGUCGACACUGGUUGAUGGCCCGAGGGUCGCAUUCAGUGUCGAGCAAAAAAAGAGAGAGGGAUACAUGUAUUCAACUGGAAGCAGUUUGUAAAGAUAUGUCUAGGAGACACUGUUUUGAUAGUCUGGGCAAAUCAGUGUGUCCUCGACAACGAAUUAUCAUAAUGUUGGAUGCGACUUGUGAUAUUUUAUGGGACUGGAGCCCAAAGGUGUUUUAUUUCCAGAAUAUACCAAACUCGACAUUCACAAGACGGACCAGCAUCUAGUGUACAAAAUGGCCAUGCAUGUGGAAAAAGAAAUUACACAAAAAAGGCAAGAGACUUCAGUGCGAUCACUUGUAAAAGAAAUGUUUUUACACGAAAGAGAAGCAAAACACAAACUUAAUCAUUGUAAAAUGUGUUAACACAUGUUUUCUAUGUUUAAAAGAAAGUUUGACCAUCCUCAUGAAAAAGAAUUGUUUCCUAGGAAAUCACCACACAUCCGAGCGAUGGUAUGAAGAAGUGUUCGUGUCUACAUCGUGAUUGUAUGUACACCAUAAUGUCUUUAGCGGAGGAAGACCAUUCGUGGCCAUUUUGUACGCAUGCUCGCGUGGGAAAUAGUCCUACGAGGGACUCGGACUUAACUUCGUAACUUGGUGCAGAGCAGGCUCAUGUGUACAUUUUGAAGGGACGGUUACAGUAACUCUCUAUAAUGUUGAUUCGUGGACAGAUUCAAUUCUUGUUUCUUUGUAUAUAUUUGCAGCAUUCUGCUUUGCUGAAAGCAAACUGGCUGAAUUUUUUUUGUAUAAAUUUGCUUCCGAAAUGAGUAUUCUUCCCUUCCAGAGGAUGGUAACAUUCUAAACAAUCAAAAUAUUCCAGAACUCUGGUGGGCCAAGUUCCCGUUUGUUGCUGCUCACUCGGUGGAUAUUUGUAUCUAUGAUAUAUCGCAGAGAGUAGAGGAAGAGUUGAAAAAGUUAUCUGAAGAGAUUUGUCUACAGCUCUGAGCGAUGGUAUGGAGGAGUGUGUGUGUCGAGAUCGUGGUUUUAUGUCUGCUGACGAAUUCAACGAAAACUGAAACUCUAUCUCCUCUAUCUCUCGCAGAGACUUCGCACUGCUCCGGGCUUGUAGACUCACAGCUCCACUCAACUUCGCGGGCCGACUGUUUGCAAUAUUUAUUUUUUAAAGUGCAAUCUCUUUGACCAUGUUUUUUCUUGUUGACAGUUCUUUAUUGUAGUGUCUUGGAUAGAGCGCUCUUGUUUUAUUUCGCAGCCUGUCACUCCCACUGCUUCUCCAUAUUGUUCUUUUUUUUUUUUUGUCUGAACCCAAAGCCAGCUGCUGUUACUGCGCCGAAGCGACGAGGCACAGUGAAAGAUUCUCAGCAGUAUCCGUGGCAACGCAAAAUGUACACUGAGAAGUCGCGAGGGACACAGCGCAUGCGCGUGGGGGACUUCCGGGCCGCGGGUCGCGGCGCCCACGCUGCCUCCAUCUCACUCUGUUCCGUCUUGUCACGUGCUCUCGGAGCACACAGAACAUGAACUGGAGAACUUGACGACGCAGAGUCCCUGUCUUAUUAUUAUUAUUAUUUUAAUUGAUCGAUUGAUUCCCCCCUUCCAAUGCUCCCAGUCCGUGUUCGUUAGUGUGAUCAGAAUGAAAGUCAGUCGUUUAAGAGAUUAUUCCUUUUUUCUUGCCUCUGAAUGAAUGCCAUGAGACUGUGUGCAAGUGGUCGCAUGCGAGUUCCAAGUAUCUGCCUACGUUUUCUGAAGUAUCUGAACUUUGAUGUGUUUCGUGGAACCCUUCAAAUGCCUUCAGUCCUUUGGAAGGCUUCGUAUUAUUACACACUUCAAGAUAAAUUCACGACUCACAAAAGUGAUCUUGCUGAUGUAGCUACAGAUUUAUAUUCAAAGUAUUUUAACGAAACAAUUUUUUAAAAGCAAAACUAUUGCAGAAGAAAUAUAUAUAUGUGGCAGCUGUAAUUAUGAAAUUUUCAAAGAUUUUUUUUUAUACCAAGACAUUUUAAAGUUGUCUCAUUUUGAAGACAAGCUUUGUGGUUGUUUUUUUAAACAAUCCUCUUACACGAUUGCUAUCAACAAAUGGAAUAUUGGUAGUGGAUGUUUAUACAUCACAGGCAUAACUGUAUAGUUGUCAACGUAUUUAUUCUAUGGCUCAAGUAGAUUGUAAAAAGUUCAAGGAAACCUCUAACUUAUUGCUCUUUACUCAGGACUCCUGCAGGGCAGGCGGCAGGAAGUUAGUUGCAGACGAGCUUUUGUACCCCUUCCCCCGCCAUGCAAGUGUGCUGCCCCCUCUCCGUGUGCACCACUUCUCUCCCCUUCACCUCUGAAAGCAAUCUUUUAAGAAGUUGUUCCGGAACGAAAGAGAAGAGCGAGAGAGUGACAGAGCGAUUUCCUUGCAGGUCUGGUGCUCGUAGACGGGCGUGCACUCCCUUCUCGCAUGUAGGCGAAACGAUUUCCAGAAACAUCUUUGGAACUUCAGAGUCUUCUCUGAUUUAUUCGGUGCGUGGGUUGAAAUAUCCUGAUAUCCUAAAGCUUAAUAUUUUUAAGCUUUAGAUGCACAAUUUUUCUUGCAAAUUAAUUGAAAAAUCCUCUUUCCGUUUUUGUUUACUGUUUCUUUUUGUUUUAUUUGGAAAUCUGUCUCCAGCUGUUGCACUGAAAUGCACGUGCUUCGUGUUUGUUUACGAACACGUCACGCGAUUGGUCGGUGCGCCCCUCGUGACGGGACACUGCCGUCCAAUCGCGUGCCAUAGUCUGUGAUCCGAACUUUGACCUCUCGAUGCAGGGUGCACUUAGGUAUCUCAAUACUAUAGUGCGAGAGGAACGAUGUGUCGAUGAUCGAUUCGAUGCAGUUCUCAGUGAUCUGAUCGGAAGUGGGUUUCCUUCUCCGAUGUUGUUGCUUGUGGAUAAUAAUACACGAGAAAAGGUUUGGCAGCUUUUGAUCGUAAUGGCAAACGAUUCCUGCGGUCGAAAUGGCAUGUUGUGUGGAUUUGAACGCUGCCUUUGAAUUGUUGAGGUGGAAAGAAAGAGAACGAGAGAGAGAGAGUUAAGGAAAGAUAGACAGGACAGAAGCUUUAUAUUUGGUCAGAGUCAUCUAUGUGUAAAAUGACUUCAGUUGCAUUUGGUCUUCACUUGUUGCAAACUUACAAAUGUGUAUGUUGCGGUACUUUUGCCAGCAACCGGUAGCUCAAUCUGCCGCUGAUGCUCAGACAAUUGGCGAACACACCAACGAUAGCGAUCGCACCUGGCGACGGACAACACACGUUCAUGCAAUCUUCGAGGUCAAGCAGGCUUGCUGCGCAGCACUUCCGGUGUCGUGAGGGAACUGGUCACGUGGCCCUGCUACACCGGAAUGUUACUGCAAACCUAGGAACCGCGCAUGCUGACUGUCAGGAAACUGAUCUCAAUAGAGUAAAGACAGCAGGGGCUGCAAGCACUGGAUCCCUCCGGCAGCGGCGGUGCUGCGAUCAGGCAAGUGGCUGUAGCUCGAAGACUUGACUAUGCAAACACGGCGACAUCUCGCCGGAAACUAUGCAAAACGGCGAAAACUUUGAUCGCCGGAAACGAUUUAUAUAUGCAAGCGGCGAAAUCUGUUCGCUUGGAACAUAUCACUCAGAUGUGUACAAUGUUCGCACUUUUAACUUUGCCAUGUCAACACGCCGAAAGGAACUGGACAAGUUGUAAUGUUCGAACUUUUUUCUUCCCCCUUUUUUCGCCCUCCCUUGGUGUUAAUAAAGAAAAGACCGAAAUGUGGACAGUA